ACCUCAUCUUCCUCACCCCCCGACUCUUCCCCGCGAGCCUCCGAAAAAUGGUCGUCUCACUAAGACUCCCAUCUCUGAGCGCGCUCUUCUCGCCCGCCAUCUCCCGCCGUCCUUCGUCACUUCUCCGCUGUAACCACCACCGCGUACGAAGACCCGUAUGCUCCGCCUCUUUCUCUGCUCAGAGCACGGUGUCGGAAACGAAUGGCCGAGUCGACACUCAGACUCAGAGCAGCACGAGUCGUGGACGAGCCGUCACUCCUCGGUCACAGGACUUCAAUGCUUGGUACCUCGAUGUCAUUGAGCAAGCAGAGCUCGCCGAUUACGGUCCGGUUCGGGGCACCAUGGUCAUCCGUCCCUACGGUUACGCCAUAUGGGAAGCUAUUCAGGAUUAUCUGAAUGUGAAAUUUAAAGAGACUGGCCACAGUAACAUGUAUUUCCCACAGUUUAUACCGUAUUCGUUUAUAGAGAAAGAAGCUAGCCAUGUUGAAGGGUUUAGUCCCGAAUUAGCAGUUGUGACAAUAGGAGGAGGGAAGGAGCUUGAAGAAAAACUUGUGGUUCGACCCACAAGUGAAACCAUAGUAAAUCACAUGUUCACUCAGUGGAUUCAUAGUUACCGUGAUCUUCCCCUUAUGGUUAACCAAUGGGCGAAUGUGACAAGAUGGGAGAUGCGGACGAAACCUUUUGUCAGGACACUUGAAUUUCUCUGGCAGGAGGGUCAUACAGCUCAUGCUACUCCAGAGGAGGCAGAGAAAGAGGCUAUACAGAUGAUUGACGUGUAUACAAAAUUUGCUUAUGAGCAAACUGCAAUACCUGUUAUUGCAGGUCGAAAGUCAAAAGUUGAAACAUUUGCUGGUGCUGUUAGGACCUAUACAAUAGAGGCUAUGAUGGGUGAUCGGAAGGCAUUACAGGCUGGCACCAGCCACAAUCUUGGGCAGAAUUUUUCUCGUGCCUUUCAAACACAGUUUACUGAUGAAAGUGGACAGAGGCAACAUGUGUGGCAGACAUCGUGGGCAGUUAGUACCCGUUUUGUUGGUGGUAUUAUCAUGACCCAUGGAGACGAUACAGGUUUAAUGCUUCCCCCAAAGAUUGCACCAAUACAGGUGGUGAUCACACCAAUUUGGAAGAAGGAUGACGAUAGAGAAGGAGUUCUGAAUGCUGCAUCAUCUGUAAAAGAAGCAUUGCAGACUGCAGGCAUUAGAGUUAAACUCGAUGACUCUGAUCAGAGAACCCCAGGAUGGAAAUUCAAUUUCUGGGAGAUGAAGGGAGUCCCUGUAAGAAUUGAAAUUGGCCCUCGUGAUGUUUCAAGCCAGACUGUGGUUAUAUGUAGAAGAGAUGUUCCUGGAAAGCAAGGGAAGGUCUUCGGAAUAUCCAUGGAGCCGUCAAUUUUGGAGGCUCAUAUCAAGGACAAGUUGGAUGAGAUUCAGUCAUCACUUUUGGAAAAAGCAAAAUCAUUCCGAGAUUGUAAUAUUGUUGAUGUCAGCUCAUAUGAUGAACUCAAAGUUGCAAUCUCCCAGGGCAAAUGGGCAAGAGGUCCUUGGUCGGCUAGUGAUGAAGAUGAGUUAAAGGUAAAAGAAGAAACAGGGGCAACCAUUAGGUGUUUUCCUUUUGAACAGCCGCAAGAUAUUAAAACAUGCUUGAUGACUGGUAAUCCAGCGGAGGAAGUAGCUAUAUUUGCAAAGUCAUACUAAAAAAGAGUUUUCAGUCUUCCUUUGGAACUGAUAUUGUCGGGUGCAGCGGAUGAUCUUUGUUCUCUGCUCCGUCAUACUUCCAAUACUUUCUUCUUAAUUGUAAUUUAACAGGAAGUGAUGUGGAUUUGUAUUCAUGUAACAUAUCAUUUGCUAUGAAAUGCGAAAGUGGUUCAUGUGCUA